UGUAUGCACCAGACAUGACGCUUCUUGUAAACUUUCUGACGUUUGCUUCACUUGUUGUCUUGUUCGAUCGCACUGAUGGUGUGGAGCAGCUGUAUCUAUCGCUUGGAUUAAAAUGCAGCUACAAUUACGACGUGGCAGUUAACACCCAUUACAAGAAGCCGGAUUCUAACUUUAGACUAAACGCUAAGGUUGAUAUAAAAGUGGUCAAUCGUCAUAAUUUGGAAAAUAACGCAUAUGUCAGUCAGUUGAACGUGAGAAACAUGCGUCUUGUUCAAGCAAAAAUGGACGACUCGUUAAACACACCAUUGAUCCAAAGCUCAACAACAAGUUCUCAAACCCAUUCUACUUUACUCAAAAUUUAAAAGGAAAGAUUAAGAUGGUGUUUUUUCCUCACGACGAAGUGGCAGAUGUCAUUGGCUUAAAGAAAGGUUUGGUGAGCGCGCUCAGUGUGCACAUUCAUCCCGAAUGGCGUAGUGUUUACAAAAUUACAGAAGAAGACGAUUCAGGUAUCCAUGUCUCGUACUACGACGUAAACGAAAGAAAUUCAACGGAUCUUCAUUUUACAAAAAAAUGGACCCAUGAUGAUUAUUUUGAAUUUGCUGAUGGAAGACCUGUAAAUGGAAAGCAUCGUCCAAAAAGUAGCUACAAAGCUCACAUGACAGUCAAAAAUGGCAUCAUAACUCGAGUACAAAGAGCUCACUAUUCUCAUUUGGGCGAGAAAGAGGCUUUAAAUGUAUCAGAAAAAUGGCCUGACCAGUCUUCGAAGGAUAUUAAUGUACAAGUUACAGGAGAAAGCCAUCUAAAUCUCGUCUACUGCACUUCUGCUAAACGCACAAAGCGAUCUGUAAAGGAGCAGAGCCAUGACUGUUGGAAGAAGCUCAAACGAGAUAAUUUACGCCACGUUGACGUAAGUAAAUUGAAAAAGUCACCUGAACAUGAGAACAAAAGGCCAAACCGAUCACUCGAAGAUUUACUCUUAUGCUACUCAGACUUGAAAGUUAAAAAAGUGAAGUACUAAAUUGCAUCAAAGAUAUCCACUACCUUGCACGAAAUGAUGACAAAGUGUUUGAAAAGAUAGUCGAUAUAGCAUUAAAACGUUCACAUCUAAAUAUCUCUACUUGGUCUGCAUUAGUUGGCGCUAUCGUUGUCCGAGGAGAUCACUCGACACAAAAGAUAAUAAGCAACAUCAUCUCAUCAGAAGAACCUCGGAAAUUGUCCGACAAAGAACUUGGUAAAUUACUGGAGGCUGUCUACUUCAUUCCUGAUGGCCCAUUACAUUUCGAGUUAUUAGAAGCUCUUGCAUCAUUACAUAAGAACUCAAACAAUAGUGAUGACAUAAAAGCGCGUGCUUUGUUAGUAUUGUCAGGUUUAGUGCAUCGCCGUUAUGAAGCCGGCUACAAUACGUCACUACAGGCAACAGUUGCAGAUUAUUUGCAUCAAAGCUUUGAUGAGCAUUUUAAUGAAAUUUCCGAAAGCAAAGAUCCUCAAAGACAUGAAGAUGGCGUUUGGAAUCAUCUCACAGCAAUAGGAAAUUUAGGCCAUGUUUCUUCUCUUGAUAGGAUUAAGAAAUAUAUUGAUCACGAUAACUCUGGUAUACGAUCAUCUGCCAUUUCGGCAUCACGUAAGCUUCCCGCGGCAAGUACAGAUCAUCUCUUACUUCAUGCCCUGCGCAAUGACGAAGACAUCAGAGUUAAGGCUGAAGUGAUGGACAUCUUUAUCAAACGCCAGCAAAAUAUGACAGGAGAAGUUCUUGAUGGGAUUGAAGUAGCCCUUUGGAGUUGUGAAGACGGAGACGAGUUGGACUCAAAAAUUUCAUAUUUCCUCGAAAGUCAAAUGAAACAUCCAGACAGCACAAAGUUACAACAGCGGCAUGCAUCGAUUAAACGAAAAAAGAGAGCAUUUAUUUCACUGUUAAAGCCAAGAGAAUUUGAGCUCGGGGCAAGUAAAAUAUGGAGAAAAGUUUUUGGCGUAAGUAGAGCGGGCGCUCAGGCAAUGUUGCGUUUUGUGAACUAGGUCAAAUUAAAAAUUGGAAUUUUUGGUGGAAAUUUUGAAGUGGUUAUGGACAACAAAGCUUCGUUCAACGGCCACGUGCUUGGCUGGAAGUUUGAUAUAGUCAACGGAAAGGCUUCGUUUAGAAUGGGAGCUGGAUUUAAGAACGAUAUACCUAAAGAUAUAAUUCACACCGUUGCUGAUACUGUGGAUAGUUUCUUGGCAAAAGUUGAUUCCAUUUCAACAAUUUUCACAGACAAAGUAAACAAAUUCAUUGAGCUUCUUAGGAAGUACAUACCAUUUAAGGCUAAAGACUUCGUGAGAUUUCUAUCAGAAGCGAUAGAUAUUAUCAGCCGCACGAAAAAAGUUCGAAAUUUUGCAAGUUCAUUCAACCAACUUCAAAAAAUCGUUAAAGAAGCAAGUAAAAGCUUAAGUGAAUUUUGGCUAAGGAACAUAGGUACUUUACUCAAAAAACUAUCCAUCAAUCUUCCUAAAGUAGGUCUUAUAAAAUUCCGCUUCCUAGGAGCGCUUCGUUUCCUUGAAAAUUUACAGCUCAAUUUAUCCAAGUUUAGACUCGCGACACAUGGCUCUGUUAUACCAAACAUCAAAUUGUUUGAUUUUAGUUUAACGUUGGGUUUUACUUCAACUUUGCACAACAUUAAAAUAUCUCUGUCUCGUCUGUUAAACUUUUUCAACACAUUCUCAAAUAUGAAAUUCAUGUUUGACAAUUUUUUGAAUGUUGAUUUUCCACGGUUCGGCAUAAAUUUACCAUCUACGGAUCUCCGCUUUUUCCCGUCUUUGGACUGGAGAUUACGAUUCAACCUUAAAAGCAAUUUUACAGGUCUUGGCUUUAAAAAAUUUCUUGAAUUUUUCCCAAAUUUCGCUGAUAUAUUUCAAGCUUUUGGAGAUCCAAAUAUUGAUUUUCAACAGCUCCUCAAUGUCAUUCUACCAAGGUUCAGGUUAAAGUUACGACUCUACGAGGUUUCAGGUGGUUUGAACAUUUUGAAAUGGUUUCGAAUAAGCCUACAAAGCUUCCGUUGGAAUUUAAAAACAUCUAAUUUGGCGUUGUUUAACCUCAGCAAACUUUCACUCUUUCUUGAUGAGCUAAUAAAGUGGAUUGAAAAGUUGUCAAUCGGUCCACUACCGGAACUAUGCAAAGUACAAAAUUUUGUUCUAGGGUCUGCAGACACGUUGGAAACGUUUGGAAAUGACAUUGAAAAAAAAUGGUUAAUGAAAUACAGAACGCUGGUUUCGUAGCAAGACGUGUUGUGAACGAGAUUGUAAACAAUUCACUGAAAGUUGAUGAGAUGAUCGACGAACUAAAAAAUAACAUUUCAACAGCUUCAAAAGACUUUGUCAGACACCACUUAGAUCUAUUCGAGGAAUCUCUGACAAAUGUAAACGAGCUGGCUGAAUCAACUGUGAAGCUCGUUGUUAAUUCCUCGAACAAAGCCUUGGGACUUUGCUACGAAGCCGUGAACGUAUCAGGUGAUGCAAUAGACAAUAUUCAGCAGGAGGCGCAAAGCGCAAUAAGGGAUUCGACUGCUUUUAUCACGUCAAUAGUGUCAGGGGGAGUUUUUCCUUCUUAACAAUUUUGACAGUUCAGUGGAAAAUGUAACAAAAUGGUACAAAAAGUAUUUAGAGAAAAAUGUUGGCAAUGUAGUUGUAAU